AUGAAAGCCUCCCACGUUAUCGGCGCCUGCCUGGGCAUGGCCGCAUUUGCCGCAGCACACAUGGAGAUGAAAGAUCCUCCUCCCAUCCGCUCCGGCUUCAACCCCUAUACAGGCUGGGACAUUGACUACGACAUGAUCUCGCCGCUGAACUCGGACGGAAGCGACUUCCCCUGCAAAGGCUACGCCAGAUAUCUGGGCACGCCAAAGGGCAGACCGGUAGCAACUUGGACCGCGGGCGGCACCUACUCCAUGACCAUCAGCGGACGCAUCCCUCACGACGGCGGCAGUUGCCAGGCCUCGGUUUCCUACGACCGCGGCAACUCGUGGAAAGUCAUUCGCUCGUGGGUGGGCAACUGUCCGGUCCUGGGCGACUCCAGUUACAGCUUCACUCUGCCCAGCGACCUGCCCGCCGGCGACAUGCUCUUCGGCUGGUCCUGGUUCAACAACGAGGGCAACCGCGAAAUGUACAUGAACUGCGCCGCCAUCACGGUCAAGGCCGGCAACAAGUGGGCGCAGCGCGGCGCCGCAGACUCGUACCAGAGCCGUCCUGCCAUGUUUGUCGCCAACGUCGGAAACGGCGUCUGCACGUACGAGGGCACCGAUGUCGAAUUCCCCCAGCCCGGCCCUGACCCCGUCCGCACCUCGCGCAGGCCUCAUGCUCCUGGGCAUAACGGCUGCGGAAACUGGGGUGGUGACUAUUGA